AUGCCUCCGGCUCGUAAGGCAAUUAGGGGGGAAACGCGCAAAAGGAGAGGUAAAGAUGAGCCACUAAGUGAUCUUCAGGGUACCAUAAAAAUUGAUUUACCCUUGUCUAAUUUUUUGCCGGGUAUCUCUGAAGUUCAUGAACAAGCCAUCUCCUUGUAUGGCGGAGAAGUGAGAGCGCUGUUAAAGAGUGUGUUGAGUAGAAAAUCUUUACUCAAAACUCUUGCUGCUGAAUCAGAUUCUGUGGUUCCUAAGACACCAAAACCAAGAUUGGGAGCCUUAGCUAAUAUUGCCAGAACCAUACAACUUUUCGAUGAAUUAUCUUCAGGAGCGGAGAACAUUGAGCCUUGUAAAUUGUUCAGCGAUGAAGUUGAUGAUAAUGCGGAAAUAUCAACCAUGGAAAUGGGUAAUGCGCAUACGGAGCUCGAUGAACAGUUCAAAAACAUAAGUAUCCGCGAGAACAAUGAACCCGAAGCCGAAAGUCAACCCGAGUCGUCAGCUCAUUUUGAACCAGAAACAGCUGACCGAGCUGAACAUCAUGGAAAUUCUGAAACCAAUGAGCAAUCUGAGGAAACUGAACAACGUGUCGUCGAUUACGUUCCUGAGGAUAGAGAGUAUCAAAGACAUUCUGAAAACGUCAACGACAAUCAGCAUCCUGAAAAUGUUGAAAAUGAAGAAUACGCUGGACAUUCGGAAGACCCAGAUAUUGAUAUAAAUGCAAUUUCUCUUGAUAAUUGCGAGGAAGUCCCCGAGCAAGCUAUUGUUUGCAAAUCGGAAGUCAUAGAAAAAACUCCUUCUGUUUCUGUGAAACAGGAAUUAGAAACUCCUGAAAGGGUUACUCGAAGUCAAAGUAGGAAAAUCUCCAAGAAGCCUAAACCAGAACCAAUAUCACCCUCUCCGGAAUAUACCAGACCUUCGCGGACUAGGCUUAAAGCUCAGGAAGAAGCCGACAAAGCGGUUGCAGGAAAAGCCUUGGCUGAAAAGGUGUUAGCUGAGCGAGCGGCUGCUGGUCGAUGUGAAAGAAUCCGCAACCAAGAAUGUGAGAAACGUGUUUUAACACCUCACAAACAUACUGUAAAUACGCCUACUAAACCAGAACGAAGAGAGCAAGUUCAAAAAAUAAUAUCUGCUCAGGAUCGGAUGAGAAACGCUAAAGCAGCCCUUCCUAUUCCUCAACCACCUUCAGAAUAUAAAGCAACUAGAUCUAUGCAUGCCCGUAUGAAUGAUGCAAAGUUCCAAGAUAUUGACCAGAAGUUGAUUGAGCAACAACGACGAGUGGAGAUAGCUCAGCAAAACAGAAACAUUCGAGUUAAAGAACAGUCUGAAAGACUGAAAAGAGCUCAUGAAGAAAAGCAAUUGAGGGCUCAACGGAACAGGGAAGAAAAAGAAGCUAAAGAAAAGGAGAAAAUUGAAAAAAAACGUCUGAAAGAUGAAGAGCGUGAGAAAAACUUCCGAAAUAAGUUGAAGAGUCCUGCACGAAUCGGUACCAACCCAUCAUCGAGAGUUGCAAGCCCUUCGCGUGCAAUUUUCAGACCUGCAACAUACACACCCAGAGCGAAAGUCCAGCAUUUGUUCGAUGAACCUGGAGUGGAAAGAACUCCUGGAAGAGCUGCAGCUAAAGCAUCGAAGCUUAUGCAAACUGGUGGUGAGACAGCUAAAGGAGAAACUUUUGCUUCACCUGCCAGAGAGGUCAAACGUAAAUUAGUCAACAAACUAGUGGUUCCCGAAGAAAAGCAGAGACUUGGUUUUUCAGACGAGGAUAUGAAGGAACAAAUAGAAAUGGUUUUGAAAGAACAGGAGAUGCUUCUUAAACAAGAUGUCAUGCGAAGAAGAAUGAUGGAAGAGAAGGAAGAAGAGGCUCGUCAGUUAGCCCUGGAGCAGAAACGCAAUGCUGAGGAAUUGGAAGAAAAAAGAAGACGAGAGGAAAAACUUAAACUUGAAGCAGCGGAAAGAAAAAUUAAGCAAGAUGAAGAGGAACGCGCUAGGUUAGAAGACCUUCGGAAACGUCAGGACCAGGAACGAGUUGAACAACUUCGUCGAGAAGCUGAAGCUGAGAAACAAAGGCAGCUGGAAAAGGCACGUGAAGAAAUGAGGAAGAAAGAGGAGCUCAGAAAGGAGCAGGAGAUUGAGAAAGAAAAUCAAAUUCAAUCAACUCCAAAACCUAAGAACAAACUCAUUGAAAAGAAUGUAGAAAUGUAUGAAAUGACUCCCGAUAAAAUAUUUUUACCUUCAUCGAAGGAUAACUAUAACAUCGAAGACUUAUCCAGUGGGGAUGAAACAGAUUGUGAAGAUGAACCAAGGAAAACUGUACCUGAGUGGGCUAGCUGGAGCAAUCUCAGAAAAGCAGGAGUAGAACAAUUUGAUCCUAAAAUGGAUACUACAGUGAUGUUCGGUUUCAUGCCUGCGCCUGAUCUCGAACUUAUUUUUGGUAAAACUGAAAGAAAGAAGUCUAGAAGAAGAGCAUCAUCAGGUAAAUGGAAUUCUCCUGCUUCAAAUCCCACAAAGGGAAUGAGUCGGUUCCUUGGAUUCUAA